AUGCUAACGAGGCACCUGAAACUGCAUAGCUCGGAACACUCGCACCGGUGUCCGGUUUGUGGAAAAGGUUUUCUGUUUCAAAGUAAGCUUACACGGCAUAUGCUUAUUCACAGCGAUGAGCGACGAUUCCAAUGCGACUUCUGCGACGCAUCCUUUAAGACACUCGGUGGCUUGCAGAGACAUCAGAAUUGCCACUUAUCCGACGAUAAAAAACGCGCUUGUGAUAUCUGUGACCGAAAAUACAACUCCACCACCGCUCUCAACUAUCACUUGCGAACUCAUACCGGAGAGCGACCAUUCGAGUGUGACAUAUGUCAUAAAACUUUCAUCAGACGCGUAGAGCUUAAUUAUCACAAAAUCCAAAAACACAAGCAGGAAAAGAACACGUGUGACGCGCUGAAGAUGCACAGCUCGGAACACUCGCUCCGGUGUCCGGUUUGUGGAAAAGGUUUUUUGUUUCAAAGUAAGCUUACACGGCAUAUGCUUAUUCACAGCGAUAAGCGACUGUUCGGAUGCGAUCUCUGCGAUGCAUCCUUUAAAACACCCGAUGGCUUGCAGAAACAUAAAAACUGCCACUUAUCCGACGAUAAAAAACACGCUUGUGAUAUCUGUGAUCGGAAAUACAACUCCACCACUGCUCUCAACUAUCACUUGCGAACUCAUACCGGAGAGCGACGGUUCGAGUGUGACAUAUGUCACAAAGCUUUCAUCAGACGCGUAGAGCUUAAUUAUCACAAAAUCCAGAAACAUAAGCAGGAAAAGAACACGUGUGACGUAUGCGGUAAAGAUUUUCAUAUGAAAGACCUGCUAACAAGGCACCUGAAGCUGCACAGCUCGGAACACUCGCACCGGUGUCCGGUUUGUGGAAAAGGUUUUCUGUUUCAAAGUAAGCUUACACGGCAUAUGCUUAUUCACAACGAUGAGCGACGAUUCCAAUGCGACUUCUGCGACGCAUCCUUUAAGACACCCGAUGGCUUGCAGAGACAUCAAAACCGCCACUUAUCCGACGAUAAAAAACACGCUUGUGAUAUCUGUGAUCGAAAAUUCACCACCACCUACGCCCUCACCUAUCACUUGCGAACUCACACCGGAGAGCGACCGUUCGAGUGUGACAUAUGUCAUAGAGCUUUCAUCAGACGCGGAGAGCUUAAUUAUCACAAAAACCAAAAACACAAGCAGGAAAAGAAUUGCCGUUCCGAGAAAAGCUUGGAUAAAAACAUCGUCUAGCGUCGUCGUAAACGAAAUUCAAAUGCGGCAAAGGCUUUCAGUUCUAAAGAAAAUUUGACGAAACACAAGAAGGGGCACCGGUACGACAGUUGCAGAGCGGAGUUUCGAAUCUGUUUACCACUGAACAUCUGUUGAGUUUUGCCGUUGCCAGCACUUCCGGCCACCCUGAAGCCGACAGAGCGUCCCUGCCAUCACGGAUCACGGUCAGCAGCUCCGCCGGAAGUGAAACCCCCGAUACCGAGAGAUAAAAGUUCCCAAGGGAAAUCCUGUUUCUGUUUGCAGCACGAAGUGGGGCAGUUAGAGCCAAGUCUGUCCAGGGCUGAGAUACGGUGGUUGUGAUAAUGAUAAAAGAAUCCUUGCGGAUAACGCUAGCGCCAUAAUGCGUUGGUGAUGAUGGAUUAAUGAGGAGGAAGAAGAAUGACAGAACAUGGCUCUUUCCAUAUCCGCUAUAAUUGUGUACUUGGUGGAAUAUUGAAUAAGAUAACUUGUACUUAUCUUGCUUUCUUUUUCCUUUGUUGGUUUGCUCGUCUUGUCC